AUGGACGUGGCCAUCCGCGAGCGGCUCCUGGCCGCGCGGAGCCGCCGAGAUGUUCAAGCUUUGAAGGAUGCUUAUGAGUUGAUCAAAUCAGCCUGUCAAGGAGGAUCUGCACUUGACUCAUCAGAUAACUUCAGCACAGACUUAUAUGUUCUGUGUGCUGAACAGGCAUUUCAGCUGGGAUAUCUGCAAAUUAGCAGUGACUGUCUACAGAUGUAUUUUAAAGGAAGAUUUCCUGUAAACCAGUUUACUGGUAGAGCAUAUUUGUGCCAAGGACAGUUGCACGCUCCACUCUCUACAGAUAAUUUGGAAGCAUUUGAAAAGUUUGUGCUGUUUUUUAUGAAAGCAAUAGAUUUUGCAACACGUGAUCGAAGAUACUAUUUUUUGAUAUAUAAUGCCUCAGUUCUUUAUUGGCAAUUUGUGAGACCAUAUCUUAAGCCUGGAUUCCGCUGUUACCUUGUUCCCAGCCUGUCUCAGAUUGUUAAAGCAUUAAACCAAACUGAAGAGCCAGACAGUGAAUGGAGAGCAGAACUCAUGAUAAAUUUACUUGAGUGCCUCCUCGAUGCUUCAAAACUGAAAGAAGCAAAAGAGUUUUCAUCUACUGCAGCAGUCUUUAUUAAGGAAAAUGUUCCAGAUAAAUACUCUCAAAUAUUUUCUUUAAUGGUAUACCACAAACUAGUGGAUAUUUCCCAGAUGGAGAAGGAAAUACAAAAUUCCAUCCAUUUGUCAGUGAUUUAUAAAAUGCAAAUGAUAAAAUCGCAGUGGGACAGAAAUGAAUUUCCAAGUGAUGCCACCACAACUCUGUAUUCUCUGUAUGAACUUCUGAAGCAGUAUGAUGUACCUCCAGCAUCUGUUGCCAGUAUGAAAAUUCCUUUGAUCCUGGAAUUGGCUCGUUUUUCUGUGAAAGUAAACUGCAUUAAGCUUACGCAUGAUUGUAUACUUGAUUUGAAGAAAGCUGGCAUUACUGAACAAGGGAAACUUAUUGAAGUAGAAUGCCUGGAAUGUGAAUAUGAAAUUCAAAAAUUUGGCCCUAAAAUUGUGACUUAUACCAAAGGAGUUGUUGAGGCUCAGCUGAAAUUGAUAAAAAAUCUUGAGUUAACCUUGCAACAUGCAGUUCAGUUGGGAGAUCCUGAUGUGAUUCAGGUUGUUUGCACAACCCAAUGGAAUCUGUGCUUACCACUACUCCAACAAAAUUUGCAUCAACAUGUGCGAAAACCACUGAUAGCAGUUGCUGAUGUCCUUGAAGAGAUUGACAGCAUGUUGAUUUUGUUACGUUGCCAAGUUCACAUGGAAAUUGCUCGUAUUGAAGAAGAUGAGGAUAGAAUUGAGGUUGCUGUGCAACAUUUACAGAAAGCUAUACAUCUAGAUAACAGUGGGCAGUAUCAAGAACAUCUAAGAUUGAAUUUUAACCGUCUUUCUUUGUACGCUAUGCUGUAUAAGUCUCCUGAGCGUCUAGAGGAUCAGGCACUAAUGAUGAUUGAACAGGCUAAAAGGGGAAAGCAAAAGAAUAAUGUGAGGAAAAAGAGGUCCCUUCUGGUAAAUGCUGGUCUUGCACUAGCUCCUGAUUCAUUUCAGGUGGUUCUUGAUAGUGAAAAUGAAGCUAAAGUUUCCUCAGGUAAAAGUCAGAGUCAAGUAAGUUACCUCUGUGCGAAAGCACAACAUCAUGUUAAAAGUGUGGACAAAGUUGAUGGGCAUUUGCAACAGCUAAAAAAGGAAAAUGACAAAGAGAGAAUUAGACUUUGGGCAAAUUUGGCAAAAGUUGCACGUACACAAGAAGUGUGGGAUGUCUGCCGUACAGCAUGCAGAUUUUGUCUCCUGUAUGAUGACACUUUGUUUAGGAGAGCAACAAAACCUAAAAAAACACAGAAGAAGAAAGCUAGUAUAACUAUGAUGGAUGAUGAUCAAGGUGAUGGCUUACCAGGAGAAUUAUUACUACCUGCUAAAUCCUUCUCUUUUGAAAGAGAUUUACUCAGAAUAUUAGCAGAAAUAAGAUUUAUUAAUGCAGAGGCAACGAUUCAUUUAUUAAGAUUGCAGGGAAUUGAGCUGAACGACCACACUGUACCUACAGAAGAUAAAAGCCAACAUCCUUCAGGAUAUGUUUUAGAUUUUCCUGAAAGUGAUCUAGAAUGGAAAGCAUACAGUUCAUGGAUAGACUACUUAUCUCAGUAUGCUAUGGAAAAUUUCCUGCGUGCAGCUGAAAUAGGAGAAGAACUGAAUGAAGCCUGGAUUGUCCAUAAUGCUGUGGUGUAUAUCUUAAACUACAAUAGGCAUCUUAUCACAUCAGGAAGACAGAGGGAAAUUAUUGAGUAUCUGCAGACUCUUCUUGGAGCAGUCAAGAUUGUUGGGCACACUGGAAGUACUGUCACUUUGUUGAUGUUAUGUAAUGCUGUAGCUCGGGGCUUAAUUCUCUGUUGGAUUCCAAAGCCAAAACUUACUGAGGAGAAAAAGUUAUGUGCAUCACCAGACAAAAGUAGAAAGGCUGCAGCAAAGGGACAUGAGAAAGCAAAUGCUAUCCCUUCUUUGUCAGUAGAUCCCAGUGGACUUCCUGAUAUCAAAGCAGCCUUAGAGAUUUGUGAAUUUGCUCUAAAUGUGACAACUGGAACCAUACCUAAUGAAACAGUACCUGUUGCUGUAAAACAACAGAUCAUUGCUACAUGGGUGAAAGUAAAACAGUUAAAUCAGCAACAGAUAGGACAUAAACUUUGGACUGAGGAGGAGAGUAGUGAUGAAGCACAAAAUCCUAUUGCAAGAAUUCUUGUUGGUCUAGAAAUGUAUUCAUGUACUGGCUUGGGUCUCAUGGAUUUCACGGUUCCUGCUUUAUCUCAGUUAGUGAAAUUGGCAUUAGAAUGCAGCUGGUCAGAUUCACUAGUAGAAUUGCAGACACUGACACGACUUACAUAUUUUGCAUAUGUAUUACAUGACUACGAAAUAGUGAUGACUUGUUCCCAAAGGAUAUUGCAACUGUAAGACUAGCACAUUUUGAGUUACUUGUCUUUAUUCAGACCUGAUAACACAGUGAGACAAGAAAUGUUGAGUACUGCUGCCUGUAUCCAAGGAAAGAGUAUAAUGGAAAAUUUGGCUGGACAAAAACAUUUGCGUGUAGCAGCAUCAAAAGCCUUUGUUCAGAGUGCCAGAUAUGCAGGUGAAGCUGGAAAUUAUUCCCUUGUAAUGCUUGCAGCGAGACACUUUUGGAAUGCAUGUUUACCUUUGCUAGGUUUUCCACAUGACAGAGAGCAGUUUAAAGAACCUACUGAAAUAAUUCUUAAGAAUAUAAUAAAAGCAGAAUCUAAAAAUAAACAGGAGAAAAACGAUACAUUGCCUUUGCAUCAGUGGCUCACAAAGGAUUUUCAAAGUAGUGGAUUAUCAGAUGGAUGCUUUCUGCCAGGUGCUGAUGAAGAUCUGACAUUAAGGACCUCUUUAUAUGGGUUAUUAUUCCACAUAUAUGCUGAUAAAGCUGAUUGGGAAACAGCAUUAAAAGUCCUGAAUGAAGCUAUUCAGGCUUUGCCUCAGACAAGACACAGGCUUCUGAUUUUUAAACAUUUGGCUACAGUAAAGGCAAGAUUGGGAUGUAAUUUUAUGAUGGAAAUUCAGAAAUUCGCAGGUGAAAGUGAAGAUUGUGUGUCCCAUAUUUGGCGUCAUAUGGUAACAGUUUCCAGAAGCAUUGUUGAACAGUUAAACUGUUUUAAAAAUGCAAUCAAUGCUUUGCAGAAAAAAGAAAAUGAAUGGCAGAAAGUUGAUUACCUGAUGGAAUUUGCUGAAUGGUUAUACUGUAACCAGUUUCCCCUUAAUGAUGUUAUUAAACCUCUGGACUGGGCAGUAGGUCUUUUGCUACAUAUGAAAUUUUCUAUGCAAUCUUCUCAAGAAGAAGAUGCUAAAAGGUCAGAGAAGGAGGAGGAGGAGAUGCUCCAUGUACUGGAGCAGAGAUUCCCCUGCAGGCCAAUAGUGAAGCAGGUUUUGCCCCUGAAGCCUAUGGAGGACCAUGUUGGAACAGAUAUCCACUCCGCAGCUUCCAGAGGAGGUGGAAGUGCACUGAAGGCAGCUGCAGUCUGUGGAGAGCCUGCACAGGAGCAGGCCCCUGGCAGGAGCAGUGACCCCUUGGAGUGGAGCCACAUAGAUGUUGGAAGAAAUGAUGUCAUGCCCCAAAUCAAUUUGGAAGAUUUGACUAACAUUAAACAAUUGGAAGCUUUGUUUAGAGCACAGACUUUAAUGGCUGUAGUUUCUGGUCAUAGUUCUCCUUUUCAUCAGCAACACUGUUUGAUAGCAUAUGCUUGUGUUAUCCGUAUCUGGCAGUUAAAGAAUCUCACUAGCAUCAGAAUACACACUGAAGACAUUGCUGACAGUUCUGAAGGAGGGUACUUAGAGAUAGACUGUCACUUAGAUGGAUUCAAAGUGGCUGUGAUUCGACUGAAUGGAAUUGUAUCAUUGUCAGCAUCAGGACUUAUUAUAGGAGCAUUAUCAAAGUCUUCACAAUUUACAGCUCCUCAGGAUGCACAGUCAACGAUUGCUCCUAAGAAAGGGAAGGACAGAAAGGAAGAGAAACAAAACCCCCAGUCUAGAGGUCAAAAAAAAGACAAAACUUCAAAAGACACUAAACAAGUUGAAGAAUCUUUUAUGAAAGAGCAGCCUAAAAGGAAGGAGUCAGUUGAUACCUUACCAAUAAACGUGGAAGAAUGGGCUCAUUAUGACUGUCCCAAUGAAAUUAGAAAUACUUUUAAACAGAAAACAAAUAGUUAUGGUAUUAACUGGAAUAAUUUCACAAAACCUACAUGCACUUUGCAUUUUAUGGACAUUUUAGCUCAAGAACUACAGAAAAUAUUUUGCCCCCACUUGAUUCUUCCCAUCUUUCAGCUAGCUGAAGUUAUUGCUAAUGAAGUUGUGGAAUGUAGAAGUCUGUCUGAUCUCUAUCACCUUCGAAUUGCCCUGAUAUGUUCAGACCUAAAACUUACUCAGGCGUCUUCAUAUCAUGAGAAAGCUGCUGGAGAAGCAUACAUCAGUGAAUUAGAACAAGUAAUGUGUAGGCAAGAGAUUGCACUGAAAAAGGAAAAAAAAGUACAUGCUGAAACAGAAGAAAGAAAAACAUUCUUGGAGAGUGCUCAGCUGAAUGGUACUAAGGAUGAAAAUAUCCUCACUUCAGGGAAAAAGAUUUUUGAGUUAAAUGCAAUAACAGGCAAAGGACUGAGUGCACUUUCUUUCCCCUACUUAUGGAUAGAAAAAGCUGAAGUACUCAUUAAGCUAGGUUUGUAUCAGCCAGCAAGACUACUGCUUUCAGAGGCCCAUGCUGCAACUCAGGAAUUGAGGACUCCAUAUGAUGUGUCAAGGUGCUUGUAUUUAUUAGCUGUUUUGGCUAACCUGGAAAAAAAACACGGACAAGCUAAAGCACUUCUUGAGAAAGCGCAGCUUCUAGGAGGAAAUGAACAGUUUUGGUACAACAGUACUGUUAGUCUAAUAGAGGCAAUUCUAGAGGAAGAGGGGGAAGAAAAACAGAGCUUGGGAUCUUACAAUAAAUUAAUUCGGAUUGAGGAAGACUUCUUUAAUUAUGGGCAUAAAAACUGCAGUGCUGAGAUUUUGCUGGAACGUGCAAAUAUUCACAGGAUGAUUGCCAAGCAGGAAGGAAAUGAAGAAGAAAAACAUAGUCACUGUCUAGAUGCUUAUAACUUAGCUCAGAUGGCAGUAUCCAAAGCAGAAGAAGUGUUUCAUAAUGUUUGCAGCUUAAUUGCAGUUAUUGAGAAUACAAAUACUAGCAUACCAUUAAUGAGGCAACUAGCUAACAGGAAGCUAAACCUUGUGGAAAUUCUUCUGGAUAUUUUUCAAGUUGUUACUCCUGAGAAAAAGCUUAAAAAAGUGGGAAAAACAUCAUUCCACAGAAUUGCAGAGUCAUUCCAUGGAGAAACUACUAAAGAUAAUGCAACAGAACAGGAUUGGAAGCAUAUGGAGUACACCAUAGGUCAUAUUACACUGGCUCAAUUAGCAAACAUACAGAAUCUCUGUAAAGGCUGCCCUGACAUCAAAUCCAAAUGCCUGUACCUCACUGGAAAAAGUCUUCAUUUACUUGCCAUUAACAUAGAUCCUGUACAUUCAGAAAUCUACUGGAAGCCAAACAUUAUGAAGGAACUUAGGUUGGCUCAGAAAUAUCUUUCUCAGUGCAGUGAAGCUUUACUACAGUGUAUGGGUAUUGCAUUCAGCUAUAAUAUUGCCAAUGUACUUGGUCCUGCUAGUUUGGAAAUGGUUGAAUGCUUUGGACAAUUUGAUCCAGUUUCAACUAGCCAGUUUUUAGCCCUUCAUCAGAGCUGUUCAGCAUCUAUGAUGAUGAAACAUAUCCUUCUAACAGCUAAUUCUGACACCAGCAGCUCUCGGCUGGCAGCAUUACUGCAUCUUCAAAAUCAGUUGAAACAAAACAGAAACACAAGUGAUCUUCUGAAAAAUGUGGAACAGCAACUGACUGCUACUUCAAUGGCAUGGAGAAAUCUCUGUAUUCCUGUAGAACAUUUUAAUAUAGUGAAUGAAUUGCCAUCUAAUUUCUAUAUAAUUAUUCUCCAGCAUUCAGAAGACAGAUCAAACUUGUACAGCUCAUUGAUUGAGAAACCAAAAGUGAGUACUGCGCAGCAGAAAGGAAAGUCCACUCAGCCAAUGGGAACACCUAUGGAGUUAGGAUUGUGUGUGGUAUUACUAGCAGAUAAAUUAUUUAUGGAAUUGCCUUUGGAAACUCUGAGUGUCUUUCAGGAGGAAGGAAUAUGUUCUGUAUCCAGAGAUUUUUCUCUCCAGAUUCUCUACAAUCGACUACAAGUGGAUGAAUCAGAGAGUGAAGUUAAAGAUGUUCAAAGGUCUAAAGAACCAAAACCAAAAGCCCAACAGAAAAAGAAUGUCAAAAUGGCGCCAGUGCAUCGUGUUUUACCCUCUAAUUGCAUGCCUGUUGAUACUUGUAAUUUUAAAUAUAUUGUGGACCCCUAUAAUGAAGGAAGAGAGGCAGAAGCUUUAAGUCCCUCCCAAAAAAUGAAGGAAAUCUUAGAAAAGUACCAUGACCUGCUUACACUACAGUGGGAAGGAGUUAUUGGCAACGUAUAUGUUCCAAGUCAAGCUGAAUGGGAGCAGCUGCUGACAAACUGCAGUGCAUUUCUAUUCUAUGGAAUGGAGAGAUUCUUGUCUCAUAUUUUACUCAACAGACUGGUUGCUAUGAACAUCCCAACUAUUAGUCUUUUUGGUGAUAUAGCAUAA